AUGGUGCAGGGGAGCAGGGUCCUACUGAGGAAGUAUGGAAACUUCAUAGACCAUCUGAGGUUCAUGGUGAAAGGUGGAGCUGGAGGAAUGGGGCUGCCACGAUUAGGUGGAGAAGGAGGAAAAGGUGGUGAUGUGUUGAUGGUGGCAAAGCACGGUGUCAGCAUGAAAGAUGUCAAAGAAAAGUAUACACACAAACGAUUCACUGGCGGUGCUGGAGACAAUAGUAGUGUGCGUUCACUUAAAGGCUCAUCCGGUCUACACUGUCAGGUUGAUGUUCCUGUUGGCAUAACUAUCACUACUGAUAAUGGGCUUAAGAUAGGUGAGCUGGAUAAAGAUGGAGCCGAGCUCCAGGUCGCCAGAGGAGGUUAUGGUGGUGGUUUCCGGUCAAAUUUUCUUCCAACCAAGGGACAGAAAAGAAUAAUUAGAUUGGACUUGAAGCUGAUUGCAGAUGUGGGAUUGGUUGGGUUUCCGAAUGCUGGCAAAUCGUCGCUGCUCAGCAAAGUGUCCCAUGCCAAACCUCAGAUUGCUGACUAUCCAUUUACAACAAUGAGGCCGGAGCUGGGGAAGAUCAUGUAUUCUGACUUCAAGCAGAUUUCGGUAGCUGAUCUCCCAGGUUUAAUAGAGGGAGCGCAUAUCAACAGAGGAAUGGGACACAAGUUCCUGAAGCAUAUUGAGAGGACAAAACAGCUACUGUUUGUGGUAGAUGUUGGCGGAUUCCAGCUCUCAUUUAAGACUCAAUUCAGAACGGCAUUUGAAACGGUGCAGCUGCUCCUCUUGGAGCUGGAGUUGUACAAGGAGGAACUUCUAGACAAGCCUGUCCUAUUAGCCGUCAAUAAGAUGGAUGUACCGGGAGCAGAAGAAAAGUUUGCAGAGUUGGUGAAACAGCUGGAAAAUCCACAGGAUUACCUCCAUAUACUGCCUGAAGAGUUGGUCCCCGAGCGGCAGAUCACCUUCAGACAAAUCAUUCCAGUGUCUGUUGUGUCUGGCCAGGGAAUCGAGGAGCUCACACACUAUAUCCGCAGAUCGCUGGACGAACAAGCAGAACUAGAGAUCCAAGAAACUGCACAGAAAAAAACUGCAAAACCUCCAUAA